UCAGACAUCUCAGUGCAUUGAGGAGGCUCACAUCCACUGAGAUUCUGCAGGCUGACAUCACAGAACAGGAGAGGGUGUGAAGACACAUUAGCUUUUCAACAUAUAUUUUAGAAUUGUAUGUUUAUUUCUGCACAAAUGCCUUUCAAACUUUGAGGCAAGACCAAGACAUUUUGUCAAAUUUAUUUUAAUUAUGAAUAUGAGAUACUCGGCCUUCAGGACUUUUAACCUCAAGCAACAUUUCUUUUCAUUGUGGUUUUAUAAUAGUUUCUGUGAGUGUUCUCUGGCAGAAAGAACAACAACAAAGGAACUGUUUUGUAUCUGGACUCCAAUGAGCUUGCUGAUGCAGAGCUGGACAGGAUCAGCAGUGACAUGGAAGAGGGAGGACUGAAUCUAAGUCUGCUGUUUCAGCCCAUCACUGCUUAUGUGAGUAACAAACGCGAGAUGCUGGAGCAGUGUUUCCAUGUGCUGGGGGAGAAGAAGCUGCACAAGAUGCUGCCUGAAGAACUGAAGGAUUGUAGUUUAGAGGAAAUCAAAACACUUUGUUGGGAGCAACUGGAACCCAUCUCGGAGAAAAACCUUCUUGAGAUACUUGCAGGAGAAGACAUUACAUUACAAGAGGAUGAUAAAAACCCAGAGGAGAUAUUAGUGGGCCAGCAAGAUAAUAAUGUAGACUCCACAUCAUGCCUCAAAGAAAUGGCAAAAACCGAAGACCCUAAGCAAGAAUGCACCGCCUCAGGCGAGGAGAGCGAUGUCCUCAGUAUAAAUGCAGACACUUAUGACAGUGACAUUGAGGGACCCAAAGAGGAGCAAAAUAUUAAAACUGCAGAAAAAGCAGUGAAGUCAAGGGACAUUGCAGAUCUAACUGCAAAUCCUGACCCUGUGAAGCCUGAAUCCAACCCUGGUUCUCCAUCUCGGAGUGAAAAAAAGAAAGAUAUUCAGAGUGACAUUGACAAAAGCGUCAGUGAGAUUUUAUCCCUUUCAUCAACCGCAGGAAGUGAGGUCACUGCAGAGCACACGCCUCCUCCAACUCCUCUUCCUCCGUCUGCAGAUGUCAGUACACCUGCUCAGGGCAGACCUGCUGCAGAUUCUGCUCCUGGAGCCUGUCAGCCGUCCAUUCAACAACUGGAGCUUCUGGAAUUGGAGAUGAGAGCCAGAGCCAUAAAAGCUCUGAUGAAAGCAAGUGAGCUGAGAAAGGCUUCGGUCUCUAACGCCUGACCUUGUCUAUAUACAUUGUUAACAUGAUUAAAUUACUUUGAAGCUUAAAAAAUGAAAGUGUUAACUUAUGUUUAGGUAAUGUAUAAAGCUGUACAAGUUGUUUUUUCUUUUGUGUUUAUCUGUGUGUGUCACUGUUUCUUUUUUACACCAUAUUGGAGCGUUAUUUUACAAAAAAUAAAGUGUUGUAUUUUACUGGC